CACCAGUUCUCAAAAUCCGCUCAUCGAUCCGCUGUUGGUAGCAGUACUUAAUCAAGUAGAAUCUACCAUCAGACUGAACUAGAAAAGUAUCAACGAAACUGCAGUGUGUUGUGGACAGAACCAGAACUUUUGAAGCUCUUUCUUCUGCAGAAGUACCGGAUUACUGGUGAUUGAGAAGCUGCAUCCAGUUGAAAUUUCUUGCGGACGUCGAUCAAUUGUGAAUAAGUUUCGAACGCUCAAAUAUCUUCUCCAAUAUAAUCACCUGUCUGGUCAACGUAAGUGAAGCAACCAACGAGCACUGGUAGAUUCCAAUGGACGUUCUUGGCUUCUACAGAGAUGCACCCGUUGAUAUUCAGGAACGCCUGAUCCAAGCGAUGACAUGUGAGGUUUUUGGCUGGUGGGUCUAUGAGAGCAAAACUCGGACCAUCUUUGUCAAGAGUUUACACAGUCUCUACUAUGCUGUUGACAGUGAAGAACAGUGCAAUAUGAUUUUGCUCGCUGUUUUGAGUGGGCUACCUCGAAAGAUUAUCGUAGAAACUUGCUACACAGAGAGUUUCUCAUACUAUCACAGGAUGGUAAGUUACGAUAAGGAGAUUGACGUCGAGACGAAGAGCUGGUUUCGUAAAAAGAUGCUUCACAGGAUUUUCGUGGAGUUUCAGUACACUCCUUACACCAAGAGUCAGAUCAUGGACUCAGAGGAACAACAAUGAAUUACCAUUUAGAGCUAGCAUAGCUGCCAAAGGUGUUGUUUUUUUUCUUCAUUUAC